AUGUCCGAAGAGUUAAAUGCCACUAUGGAGGAGAUGCGGGUGGCUACUGAGAAGUUGAACUCAGCUACCGAAACCGUCUUGGAGGUGAAGGGGGAAAUUGCGGAGCUCUUGAGUGUGGAGCAAGUGGAUGCCGAAACAAUCGACUCCUGUAAUAAGAGAUUUCAGACACUUAAAACUACAGUUCCGCAGACGCUGGCUGAAUUAAAGAAACUCACCCAACAGGCCUCACGUAUUCGUACUCCGGGUGCGGAGCUGAAGGAGGCUAUUAGCCAGGCUAAUAGUCUUCUAACAGAGACUCAGGCGGAUUUCGAAAAGCUCAAGUCUCACAUGCAAGCCACCUCCACCAGCUGGACAGGUGUUUGCAAUCUCGCGGAGGAGAUAUUCGAAGCGGUCUCCUCUAAUAUGGCCAGUCUUCGACAGUCGGUAUAUCUCAAAUUGCCGAUCGCCAGCACCGGAGAUCUCAAGACUCGGCUGGCAGGGCUAAAGGGCCUAGUGAAAGACUGCGAUUACGCGAUAGAAGCUUUGGCUAACAAGUCGGCUGAAAGUCGGACAUUCAAAUGCGCCCCUACAGACUUUGGAUUAGCCCCGCUGAGCGACAAGGUACGGCACUUUUUGACGCAGUCCCGAGGUCUUCCUGUUUGCACAACGGAGAGCAAAAUGCAGGAAGUGGAGGAAGCCUUCCAGACUUAUGCGGAGUGGUUGGCCAGGGCUGUGGACGAGGUCACCGCUAUCUUACAGUCCGCUGAGAGCUGGCUCAUCAACGCGAACCAACUCGAGGGCCAGCUAAGAGUAUCCUCGAGCGAGUUGGAGAGUGAGGCCGCUCGACCAUCCCCUUCACUCAACUUCUCCGCCGACACACAGGAUACCGCGCGCGACCUCGGGCUUGCCCGUGUCAGGUCACUUGCGCAGAAAGUGCUCACGUCACAUUCGGACAGUCUAGAAGGACUGCAACGAACAGCUGAGAGCAGGCUAACAGACAGUGGCUUCAACCUCUCCAACAUA